GGAACCUCGUUAGGCGGUGCGAGCGCACGGGAGGAAGGAGACACCGAAGGGGGAAGAGGGGGGAUGCUAUUAAUUAAGGAUUAAGAACGUGACGCGUGUCGUUUUAGAGUUAUUACCACCCCUUUAAAUCCCCUCGCUCCCUCCCCCUUCUCCCCUCGCCCCCUCCCCCUUCUCCCCUCCGCUUCUCUCUCUAGCCGCUAGUAUUCUUUCUUCGCCGGACCCAGAUCCCGAGAGUUCUCUCCUCUACUUGGGGUUUGGGUAUAGAGGGGAGUUUUCUCUACGAGAUCUCUCUGGCCUAGAUUCUCGCCGGAGAUUUUGAUCUCUAUUCAUCCCGGCGAUCGCGACCUCGAAUGGCGAUCUCGAAUUCCGAGGGGGAUUCCGCCGCGAAAGAAAGGGAGAGGAAGCGGAAGCGGAGCGCUGAGGUCGGGCCGUCGCCGUCCAAGUGGAGGACCGUGAGCGAGCGGACGCUCUACUCGUCGAAGCUCCUCGAAGCCCUGCGUCGCGUCCGCGGCACGGCGCCGGCGGAUCCCCCCAGGAGCCGCGCCGUCCGGGAGGCCGCGGACCGCGUGCUGGCGGUGGCCGCGCGUGGCCGGACGCGGUGGAGCCGCGCGAUCCUGUCAAGCCGGGCGCUCAAGCUGAAGCCGCGCAAGCGGCGGCCCGCCGGCCCUGCCCGGUCCAAGAAGCCCCUCGCCGGCGCGGCGGAGAUGAAGAGAUCGCCGGUGCUGCAGCGGAAGGCGAGGGUCCUCGGCCGGCUGGUCCCCGGCUGCCGGAAGCUCUCGUUUCCUACGAUUCUCGAGGAGGCUUCCGACUACAUCCCCGCGCUCGAGAUGCAGGUUCGCGUCAUGAGCGCCCUCGCCGCGAUGCUCUCCUCCUCCGGCGCCGGCGCGCCGCUGUCCGACCGGCUCGGCUCGUCCCAGCCGUUCUGAACUCGUCACGCCGGGUGCAGGCCUUUCCCCCACCCCAACCAAACCCCUCUCUCUCCCUUUUCCCCUUAUUUUUCUCCUUUCAAUAUUCAUGUAAUUUAUUGUAAAAUAAUCUCCCCUUUUCGGAUGCCAAAUGGUGUGUUGAGGUUCGUUCUCCGGCCUGCUGAAGCCAACUCGAUGGCAUUUUCGUAAAUACAUGUUUUCAUAGGUACACUUCGUCUCAUCGGAUAAGCUCGACCUAACAAAGAAUAUUUCCGGUUGUGCGGUCCAAAAAAAAUAGUUUGAUAUCAGUCCUUAAACCAACCGUUGGAUCGGUGAAUCCAAGUAGUUGACACAUUUGCCCCUAGCAUGCCGCUGUGUGUAAAAUAAUCAACCCAAAGGUUUUUCAUUUUUGUAAAAUAAUAUAUUUUUUUAAUUU